AUGAUGGCGAUGAACGGCAAACAGCACCUCGGAAUGCAUCCGGCACUACCUGAACCCAAAUACAGCCUGCACCACGCAAACCCCGAAGGCAUGCGACGAGUCUGCCUACCUGCCCCGCAGCUUCAGGGCAAUAUAUUCGGCGGCUUUGAUGAGAGUCUGCUGGCCCGCGCAGAAGCUCUGGCGGCUGCUGACAUUGUGUCUCACGGCAAAAGCCACCCAUUCAAGCCGGACGUCACCUACCAUACCAUGACCAGUGUCCCCUGCACGUCCACCUCCUCCACCGUGCCCAUAUCCCAUUCCCACCCUUCCAACCUGACAUCGCACCACCACCUCAACCAGACGCUGGAGGGGGACCUGCUGGAUCAUAUCUCGUCGAGUCUCUCCGUCAGUGGCAUGGGGGCUCCAUCAGACCCGUCCGUGAUGACCACGCAAGCCCACCAGCAUCACCUGCAGACCAUGGGCCACCUGCACCAAGCCAUGGCCAUGGGGCACCCGCACUCACUCUCCGUCCACAAUGGAAUGACCUGCGUGAAUGAUGUGGAGUCGGAUCCCAGGGAGCUGGAAGCGUUUGCGGAGCGGUUCAAACAGAGGCGGAUAAAACUUGGGGUGACCCAGGCAGACGUUGGGUCUGCCCUGGCCAACCUGAAGAUUCCUGGCGUGGGCUCUCUGAGUCAGAGUACGAUCUGCCGGUUCGAGUCCUUGACCCUCUCUCACAAUAACAUGAUUGCGCUUAAACCAGUUCUCCAAGCCUGGUUGGAGGAAGCUGAAGCCGCAUACCGUGAGAAAAACAGCAAGCCAGACCUUUUCAGUGGCAACGAACGGAAACGAAAACGCACAUCCAUCGCUGCGCCCGAGAAGCGGUCUUUGGAAGCUUAUUUUGCAAUACAGCCGCGUCCCUCUUCGGAAAAAAUAGCUGCCAUCGCAGAGAAGUUGGACCUUAAAAAGAAUGUGGUUCGUGUCUGGUUUUGCAAUCAACGUCAAAAGCAAAAACGGAUGAAAUAUUCCGCCUCACAUUAG